AUGGGCUCCUCUAGGAAGAGAGGACGACAGGAGAUGGAAGCCGUCGAUCCCCCCCGAGAACCAACUCUCCUCAAGCGCAUACGCAACUCGUGGGAGUUUGCCAACUUGGCACAAUGGAUUUACACCUUUGGUCGGGCGGUGAAGAUUGACGAGAAUCUGGAUAUUGCGGACUUGGAAAUGGAAUGCUUGAACCCCCAUUCGACAAUUCUCUCUGAGAUCGGACUCGCGCUCCUCAAGUUUGUUUCUUCACACAGAGGUCUUACGCCCGAGACAUUUGAUGAGUAUACCCGAAGACAAUAUGUUGCUAAGGCACCUGGCCGAAAUCCCUUUGGCGUCGGGGAAGAUCCCAACUGCUUCAAGGACUUUGAUGUGUUCACAAAGAUCCGAGUCCUGCAACAGCUUACGGUAUGGACUAUGGUAAACCCCGAUCGCAUUCGUGAGCGAAUGGAGGAACAAAAGGAUACGGAGCAAACACUAUGGAGAAUCGAGCCGUAUGGAUGGGACGCUCAGGAUCGUACGUACAUCGUACUGGAUGACAAUCGCCUCUACCGACGGACCGACCCUCCUCUACCACCCACUCCCGAGCCGAAGCCCAAGAGGAAUUCGAAGAAGGGCAGAGCUAUGCGACGAGCAAGCAGGCAACAAAAAGCUGUGGAGCAAGCCGAAAGUGAGACCGAGCGUAAUGACGAAGCAAAGCCCGAGAAAAAAGACAACGACGCGACCGCUGCCCCAGAGGAUGAUGGGUUUGGUGGGAUGGCUUGGGAAUGUAUCGCCGUGACCCUAGACGAGUUCAACACUUUCGUUGCUUCUAUCGAGAAGUCGCGAGACCCAAACGAGAAGAGCUUGCGGAAGCGUAUCGUUGACGAAAUCCUGCCAAUACUUGAGAAGCAAGAAGAAUCUCGGAAGCGCAAGCAAGCACAAAAGGAGAGAGAGCUAAUGAACCUAGAGAAGCUUGCUACCGCAAAGCGAUCCUCCAGAAUCGCAGGCAGAAUGGAGCAGAAGCAUCAUGAAGAAGAGCAGCGUGAAGCCGAACGCAAGAAGGUCAUCGAGCUUGCAUUGGCCAAGAAGGAGCAAGAAAAGUGGCAGAAAUUGGAGAAGGAGAGAGACUCUAGGAUGCAAACCCGAGAACAGCGAUUGAAGGAACGCGAAGCUCGCCGGAUUUUGCACGAGGAGGAGCUUGCCAACCUGUCCGAAAAUGGCAAGAAACUUGAGAGUGGCGAGGCCCGACUUUCUGAGCGCCAGAUGAAGGCAGAAAUCGAGCGAAAGAAGGCGGCUCUCGAAGAACUUGAGCAGGAAGAUGACUGGAUCUUUGAUUGCAUCUGCGGAGUCUAUGGACAAGUCGAUGAUGGUACACACAGCAUUGCGUGUGAUACUUGCAACAUCUGGCAACACAGCAAGUGCGCGGGCGUUAGUCAAAAAGAGGCAGAACGCGACGACUUUGCCUUCAUCUGCACCACUUGUCAAAACCGUGGAAAGGAUGCAGAGAAAGCCAAGACGCACCCACCAAUCAAGCUCGUGCUUAAACGACCUGGAUCCUCGUCGUCAUCAACAGCACCUAAGUCAAAUGGCUCUCUGCCUGCUAAUCCCCUGGCAGAUGGGAACCUAAAUCCUCAAAUCUCUCCUCAGAAGGUCACUCAACCCUCCCUUUUUGGAGGGCCGAUCCAGUUCCCGAGACCGAACGGAGAACAACACCACCCAGCCCAAUCUGGACCACAUCCAUCGAUGCUAAGCUCCCCAGCACCUGUGGAACAGAGCAAUGGAUGUCAGCUAUCACCGCAACGCCCUUCCGGACGUCAAGCUGCUACUAGCUAUCAAGCUCCAUCUCCAUACGGUGUCGCUCGGGCUCCUAGCUCGCAUGUGUUCUCUUCGCCCCAUCCACAUAUUCCAACCAGUCUGCCUCAACCAGGACAGCCUCCUGUGUUUACAUUUGGCCCUAACGGAAGUUACAAACAAUCCAACCCAGCACCACAAAAUACACCCAUCCAACCUGCUAGAUCUGCGGCUCAAAGCUCACCAGCAGGUAAUUACAUCUAUGGCACAACACCUGCAUCACACGUCCUGAAUGGCCCUGGUCCGGGAUCAAGCGAUGGUGGCCACCACCGAAGCUCUUUCAAUAUGCCAUCGCCUCUUGCUGGGGUUCCAGUCCUGACUCCAAACAACAAGCCAAACCCACCACCCGUGAUGGCUCCCAACUCCAAUACCCCUCCGCCAACCUCGACUCCGGCAAUGCUCCCCAAGUCCUCCCCGCCUCCACCGCCAUCGUGGCAGCCGGCCAUCUCACACGACCCCUCCGACUCCGGCCACGCAUCAGCAUUGCCUUCCGCCACAACCGGUCUCUCGCCAACCAAGCACUCGCCGCCCAGACAAAUCUCGAACGGAAGCUUCAGCUCAGCUACGCCCUCGAUCAUACCACCCGUCGCUUCUCUAACUCCUAGCUCUCCAUUGCAGGAUCUCUCCCCUCCAAUCAAGCAUUCCGAGGCUCCUCGACCGAAUGCACAGGCUGCGGCUCAGUGA